AUGAACCGGUCAGAACUCAAUAGAUGUCCCCUCAUUUUGAAAUAUCCCCGCUACGCUAUUCCCCCAAGUUGCAAUCUGUCUGUCACGUAUUUUAUCUUCUUUUUCCCUGAUUUCCUCAGAAUUUUCCCCUGUAAUCGUUUAGGCAGGUUCCCUGAUCCUUCUCCCGCCCUCUACGAGGAAGGCAUUGUCUUUUACUCCUAUUCCACCAAUUGCAAAAGCAAUCGUUACAUGCCUCAAGUGUAUGUGAACGCGCGGAGCAUUUUGGAGAUGGACCCUACCGCCCACAUUGCAUUGAUCACCAAUUGCGACGUCCCCCUCGAAACCGCUGCGUUGCUCUCCGUCAUCAUCCCUGUGCAUCGCCGCGACAUCAUUCCCAUGAGUCAUCAGUGGUACACGCGCAUGGUCUACAACGCCUAUCUCCCCUUCCAGCUCUCUUUCAUCCUCGACACCCACGUUUUCCCUUGCGAUUCCAACGCUUAUCGCGACGUUUUCGCGCUCUUCCGCAACUCCUCCGUCGACGUCUCCGUCUCGAACCGCAUGAACACGCAUUCCUAUUCUGGCGGCGCCGUGCUGUCGCGCAAAGGUCCCGCGUCUUUCCGGUUUUGGAAGAGCAUCGCGAAGGCGAUGCAUCGAAAAAGCACAUACGAUGACCAAUGGGGACUCGGAAAUGUGCUGCGUCGACGCCAUCCCUAUCUCAAGUACCGCCGAUUGAGCAGCAAUUUCUUCUACGCGUCGCACGGAAUCACGAAGGACGGCGUGUUCCAGGGCAUAGGCCGCUGCUAUCGGAGUUCGAUCGUGAUUACGGGGCCUGUGCGAUGGAUUCAUGGAAAGCAAGCGGAGUGUGCGAUCGUCAAUGGACCCAACUAUGAGCACGCGUACAAGAUGAGGGCGUAUUUCAAGGGAGGGCAAUGCAGGACGAGGCAGGAGGGACCCACGAUGGUGUUUUCGAGUGCGCAGAUGAAGGCUUAUGCGGCGCCCGCCAGGCCGCCGAGUCUGAUUUGGGCGAAUGUCCCGGGACGCUCGGCGACCGGGUUUAUAGGGCAGGUGGUUGAAGAAAAGAAAGGCUUCUUUGCUUCAAUUGUCGCUUUCUUUUUGAGUCUCUUUUCAUUGAUUUCUGAUUUUUUCUCUACGAUAUUCACUACUGGCCCUUCUCAAACGACGGGCGGUGUGUACAAGGUGAAUACAAACCGCUGGAAGAUAAAUAGCUCUCCUUACCAAGGUUCAGGUGUAAGACGACGAAUCGGUGGAAUGGACCAGUUCCGAGCGAACAACAAUCUUCCAGGAUGCAGUUCCGGAGGAUGAGGUGCAAAGUAAGAGCGAACUGCUGUACCUGAAGUCAUGCGCUUGACAAAUAUGACGAUUGUCUCAUAAACUAUGGAAAUAGGGGAGCCAGUCCGAACUGUCCUCCGUCGUGGCUUGGCAAGGGUGCAUCAGUGACCUCUUCCAAAUUCAACA